AUGUCCAAAACAGAAUCAGAAAAAUAUAAUCCAAAUAUUUCAUAUUUGCGUACAGAACUAUCUCAGACAUUCCGAUUAGAUACUGAUCUCAAAAAAAUUAAGGAAAGUUUCAGAAAAUGUAAAGUUGUUCUUGAGCGCUUGAGUGAGAAGCAGUUGAAAUCCUAUCUUUAUCCUCUGGAAGCUCCAAAAGAAACAUCUGUUUUGUUCCAGAAUGUAUCUGAAAAUCCCAUGAAAAGAAAACGAAUGAAUUUCAAUUUAUCAGAAAUGUAUGAAAAAUAUAGUAAAGUGAGUUAUGAGAGUAGCAUUUUCAAUCAGAAACGAUAUUUUCCACAAGAACGAGAAAAAUCAACGCACUUUGAUGAUAAAAUCUGUAAGAAUUGUGGGAAUGUCAGUAAGAUAUUUGAAGAUACUAGUUAUCUGAGUCAGGAUCGAUUCAUUUACUGUAUGAAACAAAAAGAUGACAGCAUAAUAGAACACAGCACUAUUACGGAUCAGAAUAAAACGUUACGAAAAGAAGAUCGUAAUAAACUGUCAAUUCCAGGUGGAACUGAUACAGAAAGUGAUACUUUGAAUCAGAAUAAUACGCUGCGGAAUGAGUUCUGCAAUUCAGGGUCAACUAUCGGUGCAACUAGUACAGAAAGCAAUACUUUACGUCAGAAAAAUUGUAUUCAGUUGGAACAAUGCUCCUUAACUGAUUUCGAAAAAAUCUGUGAAAAUUCUGUUGAAGGCGAUGAAGUACAUUUUGGUGAUGGUGACGUGAGUCAAAGCGAAUAUACAGAACCUCAACAGAAGCAAAAGUCAGUUAAUUUAUAUAAUAAGCAUAAUAAAGAAGAGGAGGACGCGAAAGUAAGUGAUAAUGACUACGUUGAAGACAAGACGAAAGAAAAAUUUACUCCGUUACGUGUUCAAACAGAACAUGAUGGAUUUGACAAAGAUUUAUGUUUGGAUAACAGAAGUAAUGAAGGCACAGAAGAAACGUACCGUGUUAUAGAUCAAACUGAGUCUUCACAAGAAGAUCACGAGCAUUCAGUACUUGCUACAGAGGUAACUAACGACAAAAGUGAUGUUUUGAAUCACGAGAAGCAUGUUCAGCAGCAGCAGGAGCUAUAUUCCGUGCAUUUAGAUGAUUCCUCUGAGACUGAUGAUGUCGAUGAGAUAUUUAUUGAUCAUGAUCAGCUCAUGGAGUCUCAGCAAAUAAAAGAUUUGGUCGCGUUAGGUAAUGUUUGUGAUAAAGAGAAAUCAAUCUAUGAAGAAAAGGCACAGACUGAAUUUGAAGAACAUUUCUAUUUGGAGAAUAGAAAUAAUGAUGACAUUGAAUGCAAUAUCCCCGUUGUAGAUAAAAAUAAGCUUUCAAAAGAUGAGCAAGAGGAUUUAGUUUCAAUGCCAAAUGAACUUGACGAAGAAGAUGAAGAUUUUAGCCAGAAAAAAUGGGUUCUGAAACAAAAGGACCAUACUAUAGACUGUGCUAACUCAUCUAAGAAUGAUAAUGCCGACGAGACAUUUGUUGAUAUUGAUCAGUCUAUAGAACUUCAAGAAAAGCAAAAAUCUAUUGAUUUAAAUAAUGGUUAUAGCAAACAAAAAGAUAAAGAAUUAAACAGCACUGCGAAUGAUACAAGACAAAAUGAUGAGUUGGAUGGCAGCUUAAACAAUAGUAAUAAUGAACAGAAUAACGAAAAUGAUAGCACAGUAGAUGAAAAUAAGACUUUACAAAAUGAAGAAGGGGACUCAGUUUCAGUUGUAAAUACAGCUGGCGAAAAGCAUGAUGUUUUAAGGGAGGAGAGAUGUGUUCAGCCACAGCAACAUUGCCAACUAGAUUUCGAUAAGAAUGAAGAUGUCGACGAAAUAUUUCUUAAUAGUGGUCAAUGUGUAGAGUCUCAACAAGGACAAGAAUCUACUGACUUAGCUUAUUGUGAUAAUGAGGAAAUUAAGGAGCUAUUUAUUCCUAUAUAUGAUAUUAGAAAACAAUCUAAAUUUCUUGAGUAUUUUACUUUAGAGGAUAUAAAUGAUGAAAUUAUAGAAGACGGUGUCCUCAUAAUAAAUAAUGAUAACAAUAUAAUUAUAGAUGAAAUUAGUGUUUCGAGCCAGACAGAUCAGCGUAUAUAUCCUCAAGAAGAAUAUUUAAGCAGUGAUUGUAAUAUGGAUGACAUUAAAGAGUUAACUAGCCCCAUACAUGAUGAAUUUGACAAACACUUUUCUUCGGGAAACAGAAAUAAUAGCGUGCCAGAAGAAAAAAGUCCCGUUAUAGGCCAGAAUAAAAUUUCGCAAGAGGACCAAGCUGAUUCAGUACCAGCUGCAGUUGGAACUUGGAAACAAUGUGAUGUUUUAAAUCACAAAACUUGCGUUGAGCAAGAAGAGAACUCUCUAGAUUUCUAUAGCUCGUCUGAGAAUGAUGCCAGCGAUACAUUUGUUAAUGAGAAUCAAUGUACGAAACCGCAACAGAAACAAGAAUCAUUUGAUUUAGAUAAUAAUUCUAAUCAAGGAGUUGAGAGUCUAGUUUUGCCUGCAAACGACGAUAAAAAACAGGCUGUGUCUGAUGAACAUUUUUCUUUGAAAAAUAAACAUGAUGAAAUAAUGGAAGAAAGUGGGCUCUCAAUAGAUGAAAACAAAGCAUCAUUAGAGGAAAAAGAAAAUUCAGUACGAGUUGUAGAUCUAUCUAAUGAACAUGGAGGUGCUUUAAGUCAACAAACAUGUGUUCAGGAACUGCAAGAGCACACGAUGAACUCUUCUCUGAAUGACGAAAAAAAGGAAACAUUUCCUCACAGUGAACAGUGUAUGGAGAUUGACCUAGAACAAGGAACAAUUGCUUUAAAUAAUGAUUGUAAUAAAGAGGAGGUCAAUGAAUUAAUUUUACCCGAGUAUGGUACACAAAAACAAACCGAAUUUCAAGAACAACCUUGUUUGGAAGUUAAAAAUGAUGAAGGUAUUAAAGAAAACAGCCCCGAAAUAGCUAAAAACAAGACUUUACCAUUCGAACAGCAGUAUUCAAUAACAGAAGAAACUAUCGAAAGUAGUGAUGUUUCAAGCCAGGAAAAUUGUAAUGAGGAAAUGCAUAAGCGCAAGAUGGAUACCGACAGCUCUUCUCAAAAUGAUGAUGUCAAUGAAACAUUUCAAGAUAAUGAUGAAUGCACAGAUUUUGAACAAAAACUAAAAUCGGUUGAUUUAGAGGAUAACUGUGAAAAGCAGAUUGUUAGAGAUGUAAUUAUUUCUUUGCCUGAUGCUAGAAAACAAGCUAAAUUUGAGGAACAUUUCCGUUCGGAGACCAGAACGAUUGAAUACACUGAAAGAAACGUAUUCACAGUAGAAGAUACGACUUCAGAAGACGAACAAGGAGAUUCAACAUCAGUUAUAGAUGUAACUGACGAGGAAGAUGAUGCAUUGGUUGAAAAUAAUCAAUGCAGGGACUCUCAACAAGAUGAGGAAUCAAUUGGUAUUAGCAAUCCUUAUAAUCAAGAAAAAACAAAGGAACUAAUUAAACCUCUUGAGUAUACAGGAAAACAGGCUGAAUGUGAUGAAUACUUUCAUUUGGAAAAAAGAAGUAAUGCAAUCGUCGAAAAGAAAAGCCAAGUCUUAGAACAAAACAAGACUUUACAAGAUAACAAAGACAAUUCAAUACCUCUUGUAACUUUAGCUGAUGGAAGAUGGGAUGUUUUGAGUGAGGAAAGGUACAUUCAGCAUCAGGAAAAACACUUGAUGCAUUUAGAUAACAAUUCUCAACAAAUACAAAAAUCAAUUGAUUUAUAUGACGAUUGUAAUGAAAAGGAAAUUAAUGAACAAUAUAUUCCCGCACAUAUAGCAAGAAAAGCUGCUGAGAAUGAAGAACAUAUUUGUUUGGAGAACAAGAACAAAGAAUCCAUCUUAGAAAAUGGAGGUAUUAUAUGUCAGAGUAAAAUUUAUCACGAUGAACGAGAUGAUUCCUUAUCAGUUACCGAUAGCGGUGAUGAAGAAAGCUCUAAUCAACAAAGAUUGGAGGCUUCUGUUCAUUUAAUGGACACCUCUGACAUUUCUGACGAUGACUGUGAGGCAUUUGACGAUAAGAAAGUAGAAGUCUUGGUUGAAAAUCACUGCACUAAAGAUUACUAUAACACUCCGCAGGACAAUGACGAAGGUAGAAUUUCAAAUAUUUCCCAGCCUUAUUCAAUGCCAAUCAUAGAUACAUCUAAUAAUGAACAAGCACACGAGAUCUUAGUGGUCUUAGAUAACUUAUCUGAUGUUUCUGAGGAAGGUGAUCCUUCUGAUACGCUUGGAGAAAGUUUGAAAAACAGUGAAGCUGAAGAAGGAAAUGGGAUGAAAGAGAAUGUAGAUAAUGAUUCAAGUGAAGGCAAGAUGGAGAAUGAAGACUCUAAGACAGGCGGUAUCCCGGUGGACAGUAAUAUUUCCGGGGAGACGGAUGAAACUGCAGUACCGGUGUUCCAAUACGAAGAUAUUUCUGAAGACGAUGAUGACUGUUCUUCAAAAAAAAGUCAUUCGCAAGACGUAAAAUCGGUGGAUCCGCGCGAAGUACUACGCAUUCUUACUUCUAAAAAUCUCUCACCCGAUAAGUCUUCAGGUUCAGACUGGACAAAUAGCAAUAUUGCAAAGCAUAAUGAAAAGGAAAAUAUAGUAAGUGAUGGGGAAGGAAAAAAUGUUUCAGACAUCGCUGCAGAAAAAUUGCCAGAAACUCAAACUGAUCUAGAUAGUAAAAAUGUGUUAUCGAAAAGAACUGCGGAAAGGUGCAAAAUGGUGCUGCGUAGUCAGAAGAAAAGUCCGAAUAAGAAGAGAAGCAGGAAACGGGUAGGAAAAAGUACAAAAGGAAAGAAAAGUACUCCAAAAAGCCAGACAAAACAAACAAAUGUGGAAUCGGACAAUAAGCAUAUUACCAUGGAGGCCAUUUUGCAUCACAGUGCUUCGCAGGUUUUAAAUCCAGAAGAGUGUGACGAAAAGGGAAGUACUGUUAUAGUGCUAAAUACUAAUUUAAAGUCGCAGAAAAGGAAAAGGUCCGUUGAAAACUGUGAUUUUGAUAGAAGAGUUAAAAAAAAUGGAAAAUUUGGGACACUUGUAAAGGAAUCAUAUAGAAAAUAUGAAAAUAAUGCUGAUUUCCUUGAAACUGUAAGUUAUAAUAACAAGUUACACAUAGAUGAGUUCCCCUUUGGUUGA